AACAUUCCAGCAAAGCGGACGCCAUUUUAAACCGCACCAACUGCAUCAAAGAAGAAGACGGAAAUAAAUUCGCCGUUUAACGUUACAGAAACAGACAUAGAAAUACUUAAAAGAGACUUUCAUCAAACGGAUGAGACAGACGCAGAGAGAGCGCUCUCCCUGGCUGAGGGAGUCGAGUCUGGAAGAGAGAAUAAUGGCGACCAGAAAGAGACACCGACGAGACUCGCACAGCAGCGAGAGAGAGAACAAAUACAGAAAACAUCACCAUCAUUACAAGAACAGCGACGGGCAUUGUCUUGAGAAAAGAAGCUCAAACGAAAGACUGGACACCAGUGAAAAACAAGCAGUGUUCAGAGACCAUGAGCACAACAGCUACGCUGCCUGUAAAGAGAAGGAGAGAAACCGGGACCGAUCCAGAUCCUGUGAGAGACAACGGGAGCGAGAUCGAGACUGGCACCAUUACAGCAAAUCCUCUGGGAACAGCAGGCGGAGCAGCCGGCACAGACACCGGCACCGGCACCGCCGCUCACACCAUCAUUCUGACUCGAGGGGCCAUCGCAGGAAAAGAUCCAGGAGUGUUGAGGAUGAUGAGGAGGGGCACCUGAUCUAUCACAGUGGAGACAUGCUGAGAGCAAGAUAUGAGAUUGUGUGUACACUUGGAGAAGGAGCCUUUGGCAAAGUGGUGGAGUGCAUUGAUCAUGAAAAAGUUGGAGCUCGCAUUGCGCUGAAGAUCAUUAAAAAUAUUGAGCGCUAUCGCGAUGCGGCUCUGUCUGAGGUUGAGGUGCUGGAGCAGAUUAACUCACUAGACUGUGACAGACGAUAUGCUUGUGUGCGGAUGUACGACUGGUUUGAUCACCAUGGGCACAUCUGCAUUGCCUUUGAGCUGCUGGGCUUGAGCACGUAUGAUUUUCUGAAGGAAAAUAACUUUCAGCCCUUCUAUAUCAACCACAUCAGGCACAUGGCCUACCAAAUCAUCCGAGCAGUCAGAUUUCUUCACAAGAACAAGCUGACACACACUGACCUGAAGCCAGAGAACAUCCUCUUUGUUAAUUCAGAGUAUAACAUCAAGUACAACUCAAAAAUGAAAAGGGAUGAGAGAACUGUGAAGAAUCCUGACGUAAAAGUGGUGGAUUUUGGGAACGCAACAUAUGAGCAUGAGCAUCAUACAUCUGUGGUGUCCACACGGCAUUAUAGAGCUCCAGAGGUUAUCCUGGAUCUCGGCUGGAGUCAUUCCUGUGACGUGUGGAGCGUGGGAUGUAUUCUCAUUGAGUACUAUCUAGGAUCCACUCUAUUUCAGACCCAUGACAGUAAAGAGCAUUUGGCCAUGAUGGAGAGAGUGCUGGGCCCCAUACCAACACACAUGUUGCAGAAAACAAGGAAAACGAGAUUUGUUCAUAAUGAUAAACUGGACUGGGACGUUCACAGCUCUUCAGGACGUUACGUCAGGAAGCAGUGCAAACCGCUUAGACAAUACUUGGUCUCGUCUAGCUCUGACCAUGAGCAGCUGUUUGAUCUGAUAGAGAGGAUGCUUGAAUAUGACGUUACAAAGAGGAUCACCUUGGACGAAGCCAUUAAGCACCCAUUUUUCAACUCUAUCAGGAAGGGCAAGAAAUAAGCGGUGGAUUUUUCUGGAUUUUCCUCUCUGAGAGAGGCUGUUUCUGUGACUGCAUCAGUCCCCUGUAUAGAUCAUACACUGCUCUCUUCUCUACAGCUAUAUUUAUUGUGCUUUUUCUCUCAGUAGGAGUUAAGUGACCGGUUGCUCUUGAGUUUGUGAUUUGUUACUUGCGUUGUAUCAGCAUCAUCUGACUGAUUAUAAAAUGUGAUCAUAAUUGUGAAGGGGCUGGGUUUUAGGGUGUUUGGUUUGUAAGAUGCUUUAUCAUUGUCAAAUAUAUCUUAGUAUUGUUAAUAAAAAUGUAGUGGUAUCUGUAAGUGUCUUUUCAUUUGUCUUUCUCCAUGAUUUUUUAAAUAAAAAUCAGUUUCUCAUCGGA